CCCCGUCCCGCCGGCGGCCGCGAGACCAGAGCGAGCGAGCGAGCGAGCGAACGGCCGCGGUCCGGCGAGCCCCGAGUGCAGCACAGGGCCAGGGCGCGUCGCGAGGAGCGGCGCAGCCCAACGCGGCCGCCCGGCCCCAGUUCAGCAAGCAGGCGAGCACCACCGGGCCGAGCCAAGCGCAGCUCUCCUAAGCCGAGCGCGCGCCGUCGCCCGCGCCCCGCGCCGGGGAAUGCGCCCUCGGCGCGCCGGCCAGGGGGCGCCCGCAGCCCACCCGAGGGGAGGCGGCCCCGAGCGCCCCUGAGCCUUCCCAUGGCCCGGGCUGGGGCCCGGGGCCUCGGCUGCUGACGCGCCCGAAGCCCACAGAACCCGUUAAAACCCGGGCCGCGGCGUCGACCCCGGCUCAGGCACAGCGGCGAGAGGGCGCGGGCAGGGCCAUGGCCCCGGGGGGCCGCUAGCGCCGGCCGGCCCAACCGGGAGCCGCUCUGCCGCCGCCCCCGCCGCCCGGGAGCCCAGGCCCCGCCGCCGCGGAGGAGUAAUCAGGUUCAAUUUCCCUGUACUGGAAGGAUAGGUUUGGCUGGAGCAGGCAGGACUGGAUCCAUCUCUUCCUCCAAUCCUUGAGGUGUCCAGACAGCCGAGCCUGCUUCCUGGGCCCUAGGCCCCUCCCACAAUGCCUGUUGCUGGUCUUCUCCUUUGGGCUUCCCUACUGACUGGGGCCUGGCCAGCCACCCCCACCCAGGACCACCUCCCAGCCACGCCCCGGGUCCGGCUCUCAUUCAAAGAACUUAAGGCCACAGGCACUGCCCACUUCUUCAACUUCCUGCUCAACACAACCGACUACCGAAUCCUGCUCAAAGACGAGGACCAUGACCGCAUGUACGUGGGCAGCAAAGACUAUGUGCUGUCCCUGGACCUCCAUGACAUCAACCGCGAGCCCCUCAUUAUCCACUGGGCGGCUUCCCCACAGCGCAUUGAGGAGUGCGUGCUCUCAGGCAAGGAUGGCAAUGGUGAGUGCGGGAACUUCGUCAGGCUCAUCCAGCCCUGGAACCGAACACACCUGUAUGUGUGUGGGACCGGCGCCUACAACCCCAUGUGCACCUAUGUAAACCGUGGCCGCCGUGCCCAGGCCACGCCCUGGACCCAGAUGCAGGUGGUCAAAGGCCGAGGCAGCAGAGCCACGGAUGGUGCCCUCCGCCCGACGCCCACAGCCCCACGCCAGGAUUACAUCUUCUACCUGGAGCCCGAGAGACUCGAGUCAGGGAAGGGCAAGUGUCCGUACGACCCCAAGCUGGACACGGCCUCAGCCCUCAUCAAUGAGGAGCUCUAUGCUGGUGUGUACAUCGACUUCAUGGGCACCGAUGCAGCCAUCUUCCGCACGCUGGGAAAGCAGACGGCCAUGCGCACAGAUCAGUACAACUCUCGGUGGCUGAAUGACCCUUCAUUCAUCCACGCUGAGCUCAUCCCUGACAGCGCCGAGCGCAACGACGACAAGCUCUACUUCUUCUUCCGCGAGCGAUCGGCAGAGGCGCCACAGAGCCCCGCCGUGUAUGCCCGCAUUGGGCGCAUCUGCCUGAAUGAUGACGGUGGCCAUUGCUGCCUGGUCAAUAAGUGGAGCACGUUCCUGAAGGCACGACUGGUGUGCUCUGUACCCGGCGAGGAUGGCAUUGAGACUCACUUCGAUGAGCUCCAGGAUGUGUUUGUCCAGCAGACACAGGAUGUGAGGAACCCGGUCAUUUAUGCUGUCUUUACCUCCUCGGGCUCCGUGUUCCGAGGCUCUGCUGUGUGUGUCUACUCCAUGGCUGAUAUCCGCAUGGUCUUCAACGGGCCCUUUGCCCACAAAGAGGGCCCCAACUACCAGUGGAUGCCAUUCUCAGGGAAGAUGCCCUACCCACGGCCUGGCACGUGCCCUGGCGGAACCUUCACACCAUCCAUGAAGUCCACCAAGGACUACCCUGAUGAAGUGAUCAACUUCAUGCGCAGCCACCCGCUCAUGUACCAGGCUGUGUACCCUCUGCAGCGGCGGCCCCUGGUCGUCCGCACAGGCGCUCCCUAUCGGCUCACCACUGUCGCCGUGGACCAGGUGGAUGCAGCCGAUGGGCGCUAUGAGGUGCUUUUCCUGGGCACAGACCGCGGGACAGUGCAGAAGGUCAUCGUGUUGCCCAAGGAUGACCAGGAGAUGGAGGAGCUAAUGCUGGAGGAGGUGGAGGUCUUCAAGGACCCAGCACCUGUUAAGACCAUGACCAUCUCUUCCAAGAGGCAACAACUGUACGUGGCCUCAGCUGUGGGUGUCACACACCUGAGCCUGCACCGCUGCCAGGCAUAUGGGGCUGCCUGUGCCGACUGCUGCCUCGCCCGGGACCCCUACUGUGCCUGGGAUGGCCAGGCCUGUUCCCGCUACACAGCGUCUUCCAAGAGGCGGAGCCGCCGGCAGGAUGUCCGGCAUGGGAACCCCAUCAGGCAGUGUCGCGGGUUCAACUCCAACGCCAACAAGAACACCGUGGAGUCUGUGCAGUACGGUGUGGCUGGGAGUGCAGCCUUCCUCGAAUGCCAGCCUCGCUCGCCCCAGGCCACAGUUAAGUGGCUGUUCCAGCGAGAUCCCAGUGACCGGCGCCGUGAGAUUCGUGCGGAGGACCGCUUCCUGCGCACAGAGCAGGGCUUGCUGCUUCGCGCCCUGCAGCUCAGUGACCGUGGCCUCUACUCCUGCACUGCCACCGAGAACAACUUCAAGCAUGUCGUCACACGGGUACAGCUGCACGUCCUGGGUCGGGAUGCCGUCCAUGCUGCCCUCUUCCCACCGCCAGCUGUGAGCGCCCCACCACUGCCAGGCGCCGGCCCCCCCACACCCCCUUACCAGGAGCUGGCCCAACUGCUGGCCCAGCCGGAAGUGGGCCUCAUCCACCAGUACUGCCAGGGCUACUGGCGCCAUGUGCCCCCAAGCCCCAGGGAGGCCCCGGGGGCACCCAGGCCUCCUGAACCCCAGGACCAGAAAAAGCCCCGGAACCGCCGUCACCACCCUCCAGACACAUGAGGCCAGCUGUCUGAGCCCUGAAAUGGGCCAGCCUAGGCCUUGUCCCUUUUAAUGUAAAAGAUAUAUAUAUAUAUAUAUAUAUAUAUAAAUAUCUAUAUUCUAUACACACCCUGCCCCUGCAAAGACAGUAUUUAUUGGUGGGUUGUAUAUAGCCUGCCUCAGUGGCAGCACCGUCCAAAACUUAGACCCAUGCUGGUCAGAGACGGCAGGAAACAGAGCCCACUUAACCAGGCCCAGCCAGUUGGCAGGGCCAGGCCAGGACCACACAGUCCCCAGACUCAGCUGGGAGUCUACAUGCUCAACAGCCAUCGCCGGGAUCUACAGGACACAAGGAGGGAGCAAGCUCUACCCGGACAGGGAACAGACUGCACACCUUUGCCAGUGUGUGCUAUCAGCCUGUGCCACUGGCAUAGACGUGGAUUCGAGGACUGCUUUGGAGACUGGGAGCGGGGGUGGGGGGCUCAGAUGCACUCAGAGAAGGGAAGAAGGGGCUGACACAGGAGGCCGGCCCCUGCCUGGGAGAGGGCACUCAGUCAAGGCCAGCCCCUUCCCGGGUAUUUAUUCUCUAUUUAUUGGGGACAGGAGCAGAGGAGCCCUGCCUGGGUGGGGUGCGCUUCCAGCCCCUCCUUCCCUCCCUGCCUGACCACUCUACCUCCUCUUCCCUUUUUCUGGGCCACUGUGACUUGGGGGCUGGGAGAAUAGCAGAGGGGCAGGUUCAGGUAGGGUCAAGGGGAGAGGGGGCUAUGGUGGAGGCCUGGGGCCUUGCUCCCCAGGGCUCCCUUCUGCCCACCACUUCAGAUGAUGGGUGUAAAUAGCUCUGGGGGGCUUCGGGGUAGAUGGGUAGGGGCUCCUGGUGGCCCUCGGCUGCCCAGGCCACAGCCGCCCUUGCGUUCCAUCUUGCUAAUAAACACUGGCUCUGGGACUGGA